AUGUGGGAGACAAAUGCUGAACACUUGAUCGUUGAGGAAGAUGGGACCGUUUGCGGAGUCAGGGUCCGGAAGUCAGACGGAUACUGGAAAAAGGUAUAUGCACAGCCACGGAAAGAGACAUUAUUGACCUGUUUAAGCAUGGCACGAUAUGUUGGGCCAAAAACCGAGCUUCUCCCUCUCCUGGCUCCUGGAUUGAAGCACAAUACUGGUUUUGGCUUGAAGAUGGGCUUGGAAGUUGGCGCGGCAGUCUCGGGCUCUAUGAGCGGCAUGCAUUGCGAGCUUGUCGACACCCGAUCAUCGAAGCCUGAGGCCACCAUAUGGGGCCACAGCUAUGGCAUUAUUGUCAAUGAACACUGCAAGAGAUUCUACGACGAAGGCAAACGUCCCCUAUUUGCCACAUGUGAACCACUGGCCGUGGAAGUAUGGAAAGAGCAGAAUCAAAAAGCGUAUUUCAUCACGGACAAGACGAUCAUGGAUCGAUUUCGACCGGGAUGGGUGUACGACACCACUGAUCUAGAUCCAGAGCAGAGCGACACAAUCGAAGGGCUCGCUGAGAAGUUAGGUCUUGAACCCAGCAAAUUGAGGCAGACUGUCGACGAAUUCAACGCUGCAAUCGAUGACAAGGAAUUCAAUUUGAUGACUCUUGAUGGCAAGAGAACAUAUGGCUUGUCACCUAACAAAACCAAUUGGGCAAAUCCGAUCAACCAGCCUCCCUAUUACGGAUAUCCACUGAAGGCUCAGGUGGCAUUCACCUUUGGCGGCCUGAAAUGUGACACCGACUCCCGGGUGCUCUCCACUACAGGGAUUCCCAUUCCAGGUUUGUAUUGCACCGGCGAGUUGAGCGGGGUGUACUACAACGAGAGUAAGUGUUGCUUCCUUUUCCCCUUGAUGAGAGCGUCGAUUCGCCAACUGCGCCUGAUCCACCUUGCAGCAGUGUGCUUCGCUGUCUUACAUUCGGCCGGCUUGCGGGAGUGGACGCGGCGGAGGCUCUAG